AUGCUUGCGAGUAAUAAUACGGGUUGUGGCUUGAGGCAAGGUGGACUCACUUCGCCCUCCCUAUUUAAUAUCUACAUUAAUGUCCUGAUCGAGGAGCUGAGCGGUGCCGGUGUCGGCUGCUCGAUUGAUGGUGUUUGCGUGAACAGCAUCAGUUACGCGGACGACAUGGCUCUGCUCAGCCCGUCGAUCAGCGCGCUCAGGCGGCUGUUGUCUAUUUGUGAGACCUAUGCGAGUGAACACGGCCUUAGAUAUAAUGUCUCCAAGAGUGAGCUUUUGGUCUUUAAGGUGGGUAAAGCAAAACCUGUGCAUGUUCCACCUGUUACUAUAAAUGGGACUGCGCUUAAAAUAGUAUCAAAAUUUAAAUACCUGGGACAUAUCACUAACGAGGAUCUCAGAGAUGAUGAUGAUAUUGAGAGGGCAAGAAGAGCGUUAGCCGUGCGCUGCAAUAUGCUAGCCCGCCGGUUUGCGCGGUGUACAGUGGAGGUCAAAAUUGCACUUUUUAAAGCUCUUCGUGUCCAAUACAAUAACGCUUUCAGGAUGCUGCUCGCGCUCCCCCGAUACUGCAGUGCAUCUGGCAUGUUCGCUGACGCUAGAACGGACGACUUUCCGUCAGUUUUACGCAAGCGUACAGCGUCACUGAUGUACAGAGUUCGCGAGAGUGACAGCAGCAUACUGAAAGCGAUAUGUGGGCAAGCUGACGGCGCGAUAGCGGCGCACUGGGAGCACGUCCAUGUCCAUGUUUCUAGUGCGCCGGUACCGUGGCGCAAAUACGCCAAAUAG